UCCAGCGGGGAGGCAUCUCCCUCGCCCUCUCCUCGCUCUCUCACACACACACUCACUCACUCACUCACGCACUCACUCACUCACUCGACGCGGCUCGUGGAAGUGACUCGCGGUAACUGCACCAGCUCGAGUUACGGUAUCACGACUCACACACCUGACUCACGGUGACUCACGGAACACAGGUGACACGCAGGUGACUCGGGCCAGGUGUGUGUCGCGGCAGGUGCGUGGGAGGCCAGUGCAACACGCCGCCUACGUGACUGCACAGGUGACUCGGACAGGUGUGACAGCGCCCCUCACGUGACUCAGGUGCAGGAGGAAAGAAGGAAGGAGGAGGAAAGAAGAAGAUUAGAUCGGAGUGGUGGAGGAGAAGGAGGAGGCGCGCUGUGGUGACGGAAGGAAGUAGUGGUGUUGGUGACCUGUGAUGGAGGAACUGAGUAAGGAUGUGGGGGUGGUGGCGCUGGACGGGGUUGAGGGAGUGGCUGGAGGAGGAGGAGGUGGAGGUGCCAUCCUGCCCCCCGUGCCGCCCCUGAUGGCCCCCAGCGUGGACGGCACCUACCUGGACGGCCUCAUGAGGGAGAAGGAGGCACUGAGUCUAGGCAGCGGCAUGGACCUCACCAAGCGACUCAUAGCUCAAGAGAUCGAGCGACUACAGAACGGUGUGCGAAUGUCCACCAAGAGCGAAGAGAGGAAGAUGGCUGACGUCACCAAGGACAAGGCCAUUAAACUCACCGUCAGAGUGUUAGUGCCAGUUCGUGACCACCCCAAGUUCAACUUCGUGGGCAAACUUCUUGGGCCCAAAGGCAACUCCCUGAAGCGGCUGCAGGAGGAGACGAUGACGAAGAUGGCGAUACUUGGCAGAGGCUCCAUGAGGGACAAGCAGAAGGAGGAGGAGCUGCGGCAGUCAGGUGACCCUAAGUUCGGACACCUGAGCGAGGACCUGCACGUGGAGGUGACAGCAGUGGCGCCGCCCGCUGAGGCUCACGCACGCAUCGCAUACGCCCUCACAGAGAUCCGACGAUACCUGGUGCCCGAUUACAACGACGAAAUACGCCAGGGACAGAUGAGGGAGAUGCAGCUUCUGGUGGGCAGCAACACCACCUCCCUCACCACCACCGCCACCACCACCACCACCACCACCGCCUCCACCAACAACAACAACAUCAACAACAACAAUAACAAUAACAACGGCACCACCUGCGGAUCGGAGGAGGAGUCAUGUUCACCGCACUCGUCAGGGUCGCCGCCCCCUCCACCUGGUGUCGGGACGGGCGGGGGGCGGAGUGGCGGUGGGGGAGGAGGAGGGGUGAGGGGAAGCAACAGUCUGUCCCUUUCCUCUCCACACCCAGCGCUAAGGGGCCUCAACCGUGCACAGGCGGCGCUUCUGACUGCUGCAGGCAAAGGCGAGCUGGUGAAGGGGCGCGCUGGGUCCGGCGUGGGCGUGGGCGGGGCGGGGCACAGCGGCAGCAACAGGCGGUCGGUGCUGUCCCUCCUGACGCGCGCACGAGCCAUCCAGCAGAAGGAGGAGCUGAUGGACGCUGCCUACCACGAUCUCCCCGGAUAUGGGCUGUACGACCCACUGGCUGACCUCCCCAUCACUGACGGAGCAGACGAGGUGGCAGGUCGUGUUGGCGGCGGCGGGGCACUCAAGAUGACCAGCCCAGGGGAACGUGCCAGAUUCAGACACGAUCCUUACCCUAGAAUUCCUUCCUCCACCUAGACCAAAGGAUCCAGGAGUGGCGGCGUCCCUCCCUCGUCCCCCACACCUUGGUUUGCAUUGUGGAGGGAGUCUGGGGCGUGACUGGCUGGCUAGGAGGCUGGCUGGUGGUUUGCAUGGAGGUCUAACUGGCUGAUUGUCUACCUGGCUGUUUGGCUGGCUGGCUGGUUAGUUAGCUAGAUGACCGACUGUAAUGGUUUGGUCUAAGCUCGGUGACUAACUGGCUAGCCAUCUGACGGUCUAGUUGGGUUGUUAGCUGGCGAGGCUCGUUAACUAAUGGACUUUACCUCAGUGAAGCGAUGAGAGGA